UUGUCAGUGUGGUUCAUUGCUGCUCAGUUUUACUGCAGGAGUUUCUGUACUUUUGUGCUGAUAAUUUGGGAGAAUCUUAAGAUACAUUUUUGUCAGAGUGCAAACUAAGAGAAAAGAAUGGCAUCCAGAUCUUUCUCAGAGGAGGAUUUAUCCUGUCCUGUCUGCUAUGAAACCUUCAAUAAUCCAGUUCUGCUGUCAUGUAGUCACAGUGUGUGUAAAGCCUGUCUGCAGACGUUCUGGGACACUAAAGGAUCCAGAGAGUGUCCAAUCUGCAGAAGGAGGUCGUCAAAAGACAAUCCGCCUUAUAACCUCACUUUGAAGAACCUGUGUGAGACAUUCUUGCACAAGAGAAGUCAGGAAAGUACAGAAAGUGAGGUGCUCUGCAGUCUGCACGGUGAUAAACUCAAGCUCUUCUGCCUGGAGGAUAAGCAGCCUGUAUGCCUGGUGUGUCGAGACUCCAAAAAACAUACCAACCACAAGUUCUAUCCCAUAGAUGAAGCAGCACUUGAUUGCAAGGAAGAACUAAAGAUCAAACUGCCAACUUUAAAGGAGAAACUGAAACGUUUUGAAAAUGUUAAACUCACUUAUGAUAAAACAGCAGACUGCAUUAAGACUCAGGCCCAACACACAGAGAUGCAGAUCAAGAAGGAGUUUGGGAAGCUUCACCGGUUCCUACGAAUUCAAGAGGCAGCCAGUAUAGCUGCACUGAGGAGCGAAGAGAAGCAGAAGAGUCAGGCGAUGAAGCAAAAGAUUGGGAAGCUGAGCAAAGAGAUCUCAUCUCUUUCAGACACAAUCAGAGUUAUGACAACACAGAUGGGAACUAAUGAUAUGACAUUCCUGCAGAACUACAAGAGCACAGUGGAAAGAGCCCAGUGCACACUGCAGGAUCCAGAGAGGGUUUCAGGAGCUCUGAUCAAUGUGGCAAAACACCUGGGCAAUCUGAAGUUCAGAGUCUGGGAGAAGAUGCAGGAAAUGGUCCAGUAUAUUCCAGUCAUUCUGGAUCCAAACACUGCAAACGCACGUCUUGUCCUGUCUGACGAUCUGACCAGUUUUAGGGACAGUGAUAAAGAGCAAGAGCUUCCUGGUAACCCAGAGAGGUUUAGUGAGUUUGCUACUGUCCUGGGCUCUGAGGGCUUCUCUUCAGGGACACACUGCUGGGAUGUGGAGGUUGGAAAGAGCCUACGCUGGAAUGUGGGGGUGAUGACAGAGUCUGCCCAGAGGAAGGGAGACUUUGCCUCCAUGAGUGGUCGGUGGAUGGUGACUAAUAAAGAGGGCAAAUAUAAAGCACGUUCUUCCCCACAACCUAUCAUUCGCCUUACAGUGAAGCAGAAACCCCAGAGGAUCAGAGUGCAGCUGGACCUGGACAGAGGGAAGGUGUCAUUCUCUGACCCUGAUAACAACACACAUUUGCACACUUUCACACACACUUUCACUGAGAGAGUGUUUCCCUACUUUAACACGGUCUGUGAACACUUUCCCCUGAGGGUCUUACCAGUGAAGGCCUCCAUAAGAGUACAUGGACUCAGUUAACAGUGUCAGUGACUUCUUCAGAGAAUGUGUACAAUUUUAAAAACCAUAAUCAUAGAAUUUCUUUUAACCACAGAAAUUAGGAGAUGCAAAGAGGAAAAGUGAGGAACAUAAAUGUCUAAAAUAAUCCAACUCUGACAAUAUCUGGACAAUAACUACAAAUAGCAACAAGGGCAUACAGGUAGUAGUAGAAGUAGUUGUCUUGAUGUUAUUUGAUAUGUUGUACUAUAGAGACCAAAGUGGACUUGAGUGUCGGGAUAAAUGCCUUAUUUGGGGGAAUUGCCCAUUGAUGGCUGGUGGCUGGCACACUGCCAAUCACAGUGAUGCUCUGAGUCCGUACAUCCCAGGCUGGUGGUUAGUAGCCUUGUGAUUAAUGCUCAGUGACACUUCAAGGAAGCUUCCUCGACCCACCACUCUCCUUAUGUAUGUCCUAUGCUGGGUUAUGUAGUUCAACUCCAUCCAAGACCUCCACUCUCCUCACAGUGGAUAUUCUAUUUCAAAACACAUUGUAGUUUUGAAAUAGAAAAUAGUGCUGCCUUGCGCAUUGUUCAUUAGAAAAUACUUUCAUAUUGACAACAAGACUAAACGGUUUGACUAUCUUGACAUAAACAAUGCCAUGACUUGUCGUUUUGAUUGCACUUACCGUUUUUUGGCAAUGCAUAAAUACUUGCUUUUGAGGCAUAAACUAAGCAUAUUGAGCAAGAUACACGCUUUUGCAGGCUAUCCACUAUGCGGUGCAGUUUGCACUAAUUGUUUAGAGAAAUGUACUUACUGGUGUGCAAAUGUUCAUUAUGAUUUGAGAAAUGCACCAAAGCAACUGAGGAAAAACUGUAUUAUUAUUAUGAUUGUGCUCCCAUGCAGUGCUGAACACAGCAGGACUUUGACUGACACAGACACUCUUGCGACCAUGACUGGUCAACACUUAAGGAAGACUUCAGUAAGGGAGUAGUGACAUUUUUCUCUUUAAAAUUACACUUGUUCCCAACCUUAAUUAACUAUGUCAUUAUACAGUAGAUGGCAUAGGUCUGGCUUUGAAUAACUGGCUCUCGAGAAGGACGAUCAUUGGAGACCUAUAAGGGCAUAACAGCACUAGAGAGCAUGUUACAACAUGUAAAAAGCAGUGAUGUGUCGACUAGAUGUAUUUUUGUAAAUGCACUACCAGCUGUUGUUGUUGUUAUUGUGUCCUAUAUUUUGCUGAUGUGAUGAUUUCAACUAAUGCAGAGACUAAAACAAACAAAAAAAUAAAACAAACACCCUGUUUCUAUUGUC